GGUGUAGCCUUGACACUGUAGCAUCACCAGUCCACUGCGCACCGACAGCCAAACCAGCACCGGGAUCCGAGUCAGACGUCAAUGGCCGACGACGAGGUGGCGGAGGAGUCGCUGACCGCUCCGCUGCUCGAGCCAGCCGCGAGCCCCCGCGACCCGUCGGUGGAGGUGAGCCUGUACCGGCGGGGCGCCGGCCCGGCCAAGGUCUUCCUGUCGGGCCUGACGGGCCCCCGCCGCGACCGCCUCGACGUGCACGGCAUCCAGGCAGAGCACGGGCUCCGCGCCCUCUUCGCCUUCAAGCCCGAGGUCUCCCGCCGCGGCCUCCGGAUCCGGCCCGACCCGGCGACCGGCCACUCCGCCGUGCUCUUCCGCGACGGCGCCGCCAUCGCCCUCGACGGCGAGCCCAAGGUGCAGGUGUCGUGGGCCAAGCCUGCGUCGAUGAUCGCCGCCGGCCUGCUGGUGCCGGCCGUGCUGGCGGCGGUGGCUUUCAACGGGGUGCCGGAGUCGCUACGGUCGUCGAGUGCAGUCAACGCCGUCUUCUCGCCGUGGAUCCUCGCCAGCGCGGUCAUCGUCUUCGUCCGUCUCAGGAUGCGGCCACAGGCCCCUCCAUGAACGGAGCCGAGCUACUGUAAUGUAAUGGCUCUCCUUUAUACCGUACUAUCCAGAGAAGCUCCUGUUGUCUCUUUUCUCUUCAGGAAUUAUGUGCAAUGGAGACAAAGUCACAGAAUAAAUGUAUGUAGUUUGUGUCAA